UGCAGAUGUUUCGUAAACCAUGGCAAGACUCGGUUGGAUAGUCUACACGAAAUAUGUGAUAUGGCUGACAUCUUUUUUCUACACUUCCUCAGCACAAGGGUUGGAGGAUAACAGAUGUUUUCUGGAAAAUGGUGCCUCUUCGGAAAAUUUCUUCGUGCCAGAAGAUUUGCCGGUUGGAUCAAAUAUCGGUCAGAUCAGGGUACAUGGGGACCCUAGGCCUGACGGAAACAUUGAACUACAUCUGAAGGAGCUAGACAGUCCCGUAGCUAUUGCACCAGGGACCAAAAAUUUAACUCUGCGGAGGCCAUUAGAUAAAGAAGGUGUAGAUGGUCCGGCAUCAGUGUUUGUGAAUCUCAUUUGUGAACGUCUUGAGACGUUGGAUCCUGGUUUUGUAAUCCCAAUCAACAUCAGAGUAACUGACGCUAACGACAAUGCUCCUGUCUUCAUCAAUGCACCAUAUGUACUGAAUAUUUCAGAAGUUACCGUUGUUGGUACCAGAGUGCUACAGGGCGUCCACGCUGCAGAUAACGAUCAACAAGGACCGUUCUCGACUGUGAAGUAUUCUGUGUUGCCAGGACCGCAUUCAGAUUUCUUUGAAUUUGAAAACGAACUGGAAGGCACCUUGGUAUUAAAAAAGCCUUUGGAUUACGAAUCACUGAAAACAUUUGAUGUGCAUAUAAGGGCCCAGGAUCACGGCGAACCACCGAGAAGCAAUGACACUGUUCUGACUGUGCACGUUAUCGAUGCUGAUGACCAGAAUCCUCGAUUUCUAGAUGACAGGUACACAGCCAUGCUACCCGACCCUCCAAAAAAGGGAUCUCCUCUCCACGUGAAACCACGUGACAUAAAAGCCUUCGACCAAGACAUCGGAAUCAACGCUCCCAUCUACUAUACCUUCAACGAAGUUGGGCCGGACUAUUCCCUGUUCCGUCUAAACAGACUAACGGCAGCUGUCACUCUGGCAAAGGAUGCGUCAGAUGGAGAGCUGCCUCAUCCCGCCAUUUUGGUCAUCCGGGCUACGCAGCAGGACAAUCCGGAUCGAUAUGCUCUGGCCACCUUGACUGUGACGAAAGGCAAAGAUAGGUCAAUAAAAUUCCUUCACAAGGUAUUUCACAUAAAAGCAUCAGAAGCACUACCACCAGGUGCGAUGGUAGGCACACUCACCAACAACAGGCCUGGAGACAGCUUAAGGUACUUCGUGUCCGACCAAAACAUCCUGAAGACAUUCAGUUUGAAUACUAAAGGCGAGAUUUCCUUGAAGAAAAAACUUGAUUAUGAAGAAAUGCCGCAGUAUACAUUCAAAGUUUUCGCAACUGAUGGAGUCACUAACGACUCAACGACGGUGAACGUCAGCGUAGUGGACGUAAACGAAUGGGAGCCCCGUUUCCGUUACCCCCACUACGAGUUUUUCGUCGCAGGAGCCUACCAAUCCAGUGACCCACUGGGUCGCAUCGAGGCAGCUGAUGGCGACAAAACGGACACGCUUACACUGGAAUUGAGGGGAGCUAAUGCUUCGUUAUUCUCCAUCACACCCGAUGGAGAAUUGAGGCUCAAAGAUGGAGUUUUGAGGAACGAUAUAAAAGGAACGGCACACCUGACACUAGUCGCGACAGACAGUGGGUAUCCACCUAAAAAGGCAUCUGUACCAGUGACGGUUCACUUCAAUAACCCGGGAGACAUGGCUAGCAUCAUUUCAAGUAGAGGAAACGGAGGCGUACUACUAGCGGGACUUGGAGCUAUACUACUCAUACUGGUAUUUGUUGUAGCAUUACUGGCUGCGUAUAUUUGGAAAGUAAAGAAGAACUCGCAGACGUCUCCAACGCCGCCUGGAAGCUCUCUAUCCAGUAAGAAAGACCCCCUGAGCCCGAAGAAAGUGACAACAAACCCGAUGUUUGAAAACAGCACAGGAGCAACACGAGCUCCUCACGUUUCCAGUACGUUCAACGCGAGUGCAUUAGGAGGCGUUCCGACAGCGGAGGGGAAAACGAGAAGCCCUAAGGUGCAUCCUGCCCCUUUGCCGCCACCUCUAUGGCCCUCGUCUGCCUCCGCGUCCAGUAGGGUGAAAAAACUCAGCUGGGGAGAUGAUAAGACUGAUACAGACAGUUUGGACAAUGUAAAUAAUGUAGAGCAGGGAACGUCAAAGCUAUCGGACAGUUCUAAUUUAACAGUGUAUUUCUGAUAUAUUUUUAAUGUUAUAUCUAUAAUAAAAUAUUUUCUUAUUUA